AAAAAAUAUUUAUAUCAUAAUAUGGCUCCGAAAGAAACUACCACUACUGCUGGAAAAGCUCCUGUUAAGACUGGUAAAGCCAAAACUACUAAUGGCAAAAAGAGAAAGAUGGCUCGUCGUGAAACCUACUCCUCUUACAUCUACAAAGUUUUGAAGCAAGUUCACCCUGACACUGGUAUCUCCAACAAGGCCAUGUCUAUCUUGAACUCCUUUGUCAAUGAUAUCUUUGAACGUAUUGCUACUGAAGCUUCCAAGUUGGCUGCUUACAACAAGCGUUCUACCAUCUCUUCUCGUGAAAUCCAAACUGCUGUUCGUCUUAUUCUUCCUGGUGAACUUGCUAAGCACGCCGUCUCUGAAGGUACCAAGGCUGUCACCAAGUACACCUCUUCUAAAUAAAUAUCAGUUCUAGCCGCUAUUAAGCAUGUUAAUUAAAGCUAUAUUAUAUUUCUUUAUAAUUGCGUAUUUAUUUAUCUGAAACAUAUUUACUUUAUUUUAUUUUUACAUGUACAUCUUGCAGUUUAAAAUACAAUCAAAUACUAUUUCAAAUAUGUGUAUACUUUUUAUUUCAAGUUAUUUUUCUUAUGAAUGCAAAGCCUAAAUUUACAUCCUUAUUUAUCAUUAAAUGUUACAGCUUACUUUUUUUUUUCUUUUAUUACUGUGCUGCAAUAGAUUUUGCUCAACUUGGAUAAAC